GGAGGGAGGGAGGAGGAGGCCGCACAUGUCUCUCGACGCAAGCUCAGCAACAAGGCAAGGCGGCAGCUCGGUUACCGCCCUUCCAACAGACCAAUUUCCAUCACUGGUAUUGGAGGGAGGUUGAUAAACAAAUCACCCUUUCUCCGUCGCAUCCUGGGGCACUGCUCAAAUCCGGCAAACAGGCCCUGAACGGAGCAUCUCCGGUACCGGGGACGGACAAGGUGACAAGACCACACCACUUGGUCCAUUAUCAUGGACAGCCCCUACCGCCACGAGCUCGAGGUGGCUAUCGCAGUUGCCCAGACAGCUGCCCAAAUUAGCCGCGAAGUUCUUGCUGCCGCACAGGCUGAUGCUACUCCUGGAACCUUUGAUCUAAUCAAGGACGACCUGAGCCCGGUCACGGUCGCCGAUUUUGCCAUCCAGGCUCUUCUCACCCGCACCCUCCGCAACGCUUUUCCAAACGAUGGCUUCAUAGGCGAGGAAUCGGCCGAUGAGCUGAGGCAGAACCCGAAGCUAGCAUCCCUCGUGCUCGCCAUUCUCGCGCAGUGCGCGGGCAACACUGUGUUCCGCGACGCCGACGACCUCUGCGAUGUUAUUGAUUCCUGCACCACUCUCACGCCCGGCCCGGGAAGGAUCUGGGUCUUUGACCCCAUCGACGGCACCAAGACAUUCAUCCGCCGUGAGCAGUAUGCCAUCAACAUCGCCCUUCUCGAAACGGGGCGUCAGGUCUUGAGUGUCGUGGCUUGCCCGCUCUUAUCGGUGGAUGUCACGCCGCCGGUAACCGACGGCUCCGUCGACCCGACCGGGAACGGCUGUGUUCUGUACGCGGUUCGCGGGCACGGAGCUCACAUUAGGCCGCUGUUUGGGGACCCUGGCGAGGCGCAACCUCGGAGGCUUCCUCGGCAUGCCGAUGACGCGACCUCACCUCAGGACCUUCGCUCGGUCACCUGCUGGGCACUGCUCGACUCCGGCGUCGAUGUGGUGCACAAGGGGGUAGCCGAGCUGCUUCGUGUACCGUUUCCGGGCAACGACCUGCUGGGCUGGGUCCCCAGAUGGGCCACCCUGGCGGUCGGCGCUGCCAACAUGACCGUCUGGGUGUACAGGAAGAGGGACCGGUACGCCAAGAUAUGGGAUCACGCCGGCGCCAUGUUGCUAUUUGAGGAAGUCGGAGGUAUGAUCACGGAUGUGCACGGCAAAGAAAUCGACUUGACGGCGGGGAGAAAGCUCAAGGCCAACUUUGGCUUCGUCGCGGCCCCGAGGAGCCUACACCACAUUGUGCUGCAGGCGGUGCACGAUACCCUCAAGACGUCUGGGAAAGAAGAGCUCCUCCAAUAGCUGGUGAUAAUCGCACACGAUGGCGGGGAUGCGUAUUUUAUCGCAAACCAAGUUGGUCAGCCCGAUGUUCCAUGGACAGAAGAAGUACAUGCUCGCCAGCAGCAUCAAGAGAAAUGCCUUUCUAUUAACUAACGGCUUGAUCACAC